CCUCCGACCUAGCACAAGCAAGCUCUACGAAACCAACUGCGCGAUUACGAGAAACGACAAUGGCACGAAACAGUGAAAAGGCGCAGUCAAUGCUGUUUCGCUUUCGCGAGCAGCAGGCGGCAGAUUUGGGGAUCAUCGACGCGGGGCGCACACGACGACCAAAAGUAAUCACGGAACAGAGCUCGAUCCCAUCGUGUGAGAAAUGGCGAGGCCAGGUGGUGAAGGAGAUUUCGCGGAAAGUGACCAAGAUCCAGGACCCGAGUUUAUCCGACUACCAAAUUCGCGACCUGAACGACGAGAUCAACAAGUUGAUGCGGGAAAAACACAUGUGGGAGGUUCAAUUGCGCAAUCUCGGUGGGCCCAACUAUAUGCGCUUCGGCCCGCGGAUGUAUGAUGAGGACGGACGGGAGGUGCCGGGUGCUCGCGGCUACAAGUAUUUCGGACGGGCCAAGGAGCUGCCUGGUGUUAAAGAGCUCUUCGAGGAGUUGAAGCCCAAGGAAAAGCCGGAUCCGAAGGAAGAGGGGAAGAGAAGAGCUGAAAUGAGGAAAAAUGUUGAUGCGGACUAUUAUGGGUAUAAUAGGGAUGAGGAGGACGGUGUGCUGCUGGAGUAUGAGAGGAGGAAGGAGCUGGAGGCGAUGGAGAAUGUGGGGUUGAGUGGACAGGGAGAACCGCCGAGGGACUGGGUUGAGAUACCGAGUGGCUGGAAGGUGCCGGAUUUGAGUGAGGUUAAUGAGUUCUUGGUGGAGAGGAGGAAAAGCAGGUUACUGGCCAGGUUGGGAUAGCAUGGAAUUGUUACGACACGGAAGGAGUGCUGUUUGAUGGAGAGAGGUACUUUUAAGCAUUAUAUUAACGGAUUGAUUGAUGAGGUAUGGAAUUAUUAGUAAUGAUUAAAAGCGGAAC